UUUCUUUGCUUUAAUUUAAUGAAUAAUAAAUUAGUUAUUACUACGUAUUUGAUUAAAAAAACAUAUUUUAAUCGGAUAGAAUUAUCUCUAAAUAAAUUUGGAAUUUGAAGAUGUUUACCAUGAGCGGGCCACCAUCGAAGCAGAUAAACGUUUCGCUCUCCCGCUCAACUGCGAUCAGUGAGCUGCAGGAUUGAAAACUAGCAAAGAUUGUCUUGAUUCAGAAUAUGGAGCCAGUGGAGUUGACAGAGCAGGAAACUGCCAUCUAUGAUCGUCAGAUUAGGGUUUGGGGCGUUGAUGCUCAAAGACGGCUCAGCAAAUCUCAUGUAUUCGUCAGUGGGCUCAAAGGGACAGUUGUUGAGUUCUGCAAAAACAUCGUUUUAGCUGGAGUUGGUAGUUUGACCCUGAAUGAUGAUCAUAUGGUGACCAAUGACUUACUCUCUGCUAAUUUCCUCAUCCCCCCUGAUGAAAAUGUGUUUAGUGGGAAAUCGGUUGCUGAGCUCUGUUGUCAUUCACUGAAAGAAUUCAACCCCAUGGUUCAUGUUUCUGUCCAGAAAGGUGAGUUGUCCAGUUUUGAUGCUGAUUUCUUUGAUAAGUUUGAUGUAAUUGUAAUCUGUCAGUGCUCUCUGGAGACGAAGAAAUCUGUAAAUGAGAAGUGUCGGAAGUUGUCGAAGCGCAUUGCAUUUUAUACCGUUGAUGUUAGAGAUUCUUGUGGCGAGAUCUUUGUUGACUUGCAGUGCUACACCUAUUCUAAGAAGCGAUUUGAGGAAAUGACAGAUUGCCAAAUAAACUAUCCAAGCUUUAAGGAAGCUAUUGAAGUCCCAUGGAAAGAUUUACCUAAGAGAACAUCAAAGCUGUAUUUUGCUAUGAGAGUCAUAGAGGAGUAUGAACGUCUUCAAGUGCGUGAGUAUGGUGACAGGUUUGAUGAUCUUGACCUUCAGAAUCUUCUAAGAUUAAGGAAGGAAGUGUGUGAUAUCCAGGGGGUCAGUGAAUCUCAAAUUCCAGAUUCUCUCCUGGUACGGUUGUUAAGGCCCUCGGGAGAGUUUCCUCCUGUGUGUGCCAUCAUGGGAGGAAUCCUUGGACAGGAGGUGAUUAAAGCAAUAUCAGGUAAAGGAGAUCCAAUUAAGAAUUUUUUCUAUUAUGAUGCCACAGAUGGCAAAGGCAUAAUAGAAGAUGUAUCUGACAUCAAGACUGGUACUAAAGAGGGCUUGCAGACGAUUCAGAACGUUCAGAUUCUCUAGGCAUUGGUAUAUAGUGUCUAUUCUGACCCAUAGUGUGGGUAUGUGUAAGUUGCUUUAAAUACGAUGAUUCUCUAGUAAUGCUCGUCUGCAAGACCAUCUAAAGAAUAUUGGUGAUGAUUUUGGGUAAUGUUUGUUUUGCUCACUUUUGCAAGACUAUUUGGUAAUUUGGUUUUGUUGCCAUCUUUUAUUUGAAAUACUUAUGGAGCUACUGAAUUACCUUAAUUAUGGAACAAAGUAAUGUUUGUUCUACUGAUUUAUCUUGCAAAAUUGAGAUGAUUACAUUGAAUUCA